AUGGCUCCCCUUAACCGUAUUAUCAUUGAUACGGAUCCAGGGGUGGAUGAUGUCCUUGCCAUGCUGUUGGCAUUGGCGGGCAAGCCCGAGGAAAUUGAGAUCCUCCUUCUUUCUGUGACCUACGGGAAUGUUGAAGUCCGCAGCUGCUUGAGAAAUGUGGUUGCUCUAUUUCAUGUCAUUGAGAAAGAGCUGGAGUGGCGUAGAGCUCGCGGGCAACUCGAAGGCUUUGGAGCUAUGCUGAGCUCGAAGCCGCUAGUUGCAGUUGGUGCUGAACAUCCGUUGGAGGAUGAGCUGCUCAUGGCUGAUUAUUUCCGUGAGAAUUUCGACUCGAUUAUAUCAGAGCGAAAGGCUAACUUGCUAAUAGAUGGCGUUGACGGCCUUGCGGGUGUUCAUGAAUCACAUCCCCAUCUUUCUCCCUCCGAUACUUGGAAAACGUUAUUUGAGCCCCCGCCAGAAAAUGCAAGUCCUGAAGAGGUCGCCGCGGCUCGGGAACUGGCCCUUCCUUCCAAAGCAUUCCGCCCAUCCCAACUUCCUGCUCAUAAAGAGAUAUUGCGCCUACUUGCCGAGAACCCUCGUGACAGUAUCACUAUUGUUGCUGUUGGGCCUCUCACGAACUUAGCAUUAGCUGCAGCAGAGGACCCAGAGACAUUCCUAAAAGUCAAGGAAGUCGUUGUCAUGGGAGGAGCAAUUGACGUGGAAGGGAACAUUACACCUGUCGCUGAAUUCAAUACCUACGCUGAUGCCGUGGCCACUGCACGCGUCUUUGCGUUGACGUCUCCGAACCCAGCCUCCACAAUGCCACCAAUCCCUCCAACGCUAUCAAAUCUGCCUGCCUAUCCACCCAAGCUUUCAAGAACGCUAAAUCUUACAAUGUUUCCGCUUGACAUCACCAGUUCGCAUCUCCUCCACAAGGAACAUGUCCAUGCCAAAUUAGACCCUCUAAUUGAAGCUGGAAGUCCCUUGGCGGAGUGGACAUCUGCGUUUAUCCAAAAGACGUACGAGAAAAUUGAAUCUCUCACCAGAAAGCAAGCAAACCCGGGUCUAGAGUUGCAUGACCCAUUGACUAUCUGGUACAUGUUGACACGGUCUGCCCCUAAUUGGAUGCUCGCACCCAAAGCCCCUGAAGAUAUUCGAGUUGAAACGGCAGGCCAAUGGACGCGAGGAAUGCAUGUCAUAGACCGACGUAACCGGAAGAAGGGAGAUGCAGUCAGUGCACCGAAACAAGUCAAGAGCCCCGGGGCUGUUGACAUUGCAAAUCCAAUGGAGAGUAUGAUACUCAUUGGUGACGCUCCAGGUGACAGCGGCGGUUGGCUCAGCGUCAACAGGGGCAAUAGGAUCAACAGGAUUGUUGGUACGCCUGGUGAAGAUGUUUUCGGGCCGUACCUCCUUGAGCGCGUGUUUGGUUAG